AUGGCGAGGAGACGGAGGCCCCCACGCUCCGGCGCCCUGACGGAGCUGCCGCCGCUCCGGAUCCUGGGCCAGAUCGCCGCGCUGCAGGCCCUGUACUACUUCGCCGCCCUGGUUCUGAUGCUCUUCACGGCGCUCGUGUCCGGGCGCGGCUUCUCGCUCGACCUGGUGCUCGGCUGGUCGGCCGUCAGGGGGGACACGACGCAGGGCUGGCUCAACGCAUUCAUGUGGAUCCUGGACGGGGGGUUGUUCAUGGCCGUCGCCAUGGUCAUGAUCGUCAUCCGCUCCAAGCUCGUCCUCGACUUCGGCCUCACCACCCACUUCAUCCACCUCGUCGUCGUCUCCCUGUACACCGGCCAGGUGCCGCGCAACGUCUUCUGGUGGGUCGCCAUGGCCGUCUCCAGCGCCGUGGGCGUCUCCCUCGGCGUCUGGGGUUGCCAGUACCGGGAGCUGAGGCCCGUCUUCUUUGGGGGUGGGGGUAUCGGCGGCGGUGGCGGCUCGAGUGCCAACAACAACAAUAAUAAUAAUAUGAACGGCAGUGCGGCCGGUGGUGGCGAGGGCGGCAGCCAGGCGGCAGACGGCGAUGAGGAGCAGGGGUUCUCGAGGGGAAGAGGACGAGGGAGGGGAAGGGACGGCGCGGGAGAGUAUGAGAUGGUCAAGCUGAAUGGGGCACCAUGA